ACUUUACGCCAAAACAUGUCCACUGUUACGCAGAUAGAAAGAGAAUCCAACAAAGUCCCGGUGGUCCAGCCGUCCCACGCCGUCCACCCGCUCACGCCGCUCAUCACGUACAGCGACGAGCACUUCGCCCCGGGGUCCCACUCCGGCCAUCACCCUCAGGAUGGAGGCAACAAACAAGGGAUGCCCAGGCAUCAUCCUGGACCAGACAUGCCCAACUUCUACUCCCUGUCUCCUGGAGGAGUGGGACAGAUCACGCCCCCUCUGGGAUGGUUCUCUCACCACAUGGUGCCCGGCCCCCCAGGCCCUCACGCAACAGGCAUCCCUCAUCCAGCCAUCGUCAACCCGCAGGUCAAACAGGAGCCGCCACAUGAAAGUGACAUCAUGCACAUGAAGUCCCAGCACGAACAGAGAAAGGAGCAGGAGCCAAAAAGGCCGCACAUCAAGAAGCCGCUAAACGCCUUCAUGCUCUACAUGAAAGAGAUGCGUGCGAACGUGGUCGCCGAAUGCACGCUGAAGGAGAGCGCCGCCAUCAAUCAGAUCCUGGGACGAAGGUGGCAUGCUUUAUCUCGGGAAGAGCAAGCUAAGUAUUAUGAGUUAGCCCGCAAGGAACGGCAGCUCCACAUGCAGCUCUACCCCGGCUGGUCCGCUCGAGACAACUAUGGGAAGAAGAAGAAGCGGAAGAGGGAGAAGAUGCAGGAAACGGCCACAGGUACAGGCCAGAGAAUGAAAACGGCGUACAUCUGAGAAUAUGGAGGAAAGAGGAACAGCUUUUCCACGUGCAAAGCGAAGGCAGCAUCAUCGGGUCCUCUGCUUGAGAUGGAGGCCUGUUAGAUUCCAUGAAGACCCAAAACUCUCCGGUUCUCAGCGGGAACCCCCCCCCUCUGCCUCCUCCACCUCCUCCGCCCUUUCACCUUCACCUCCGCCGCACCGGGACAGAUUUAGCUCCUCCCUCGCCUCCUGAAGGCGCCUCCGCUCCGGAGACUGAACUGAACGAGACAAUCAGGAUUUUUAGCGGGAGCGCCGUCGCACCGAACCCUCCGUCUGUCUUCUGCACUGAAAACCCGCAGCACAGACUCCUCCUCUUCCUCCUGCUCCUCUUCCUCCUCCUCCUCCACCGGCACUAACUUAUUCUAACUUAUUUGUCACCUGUCCGUUUUUGUAUAGUCCAUCAGGCCCUCGCUCGCCCCUCCCUCGCUCCGACCUCUCACUGGAAACGUUUUGGGGGCCGUUCCACCCGACCAAACGCCUCUGUUUCUGUUUUUGUUGUUUCGACAGACUGCACUAAGGAAGACGGAGGAAUCUCAUCUCGUCUCACCAAACGUCCGACAAAGUUGAUGCGGAGAAAAAAAAUGGAUCAUUUGUCUCUCUCUCUUUCUCUCUCUUUGCUUUAUUUAGACUGAAUUUUAUUUUGAAUGCUUUUGGUUUUGUAUCUCGUUUCAUCUUCUCGGUGUAUAUUUUAGUGAUUUUUGUUUCGUUUGUUUUUUUUAUAGUGGUAUAUAUGAAAAUAAGCUUUUGGACACAAGAAAGCCAUUUUUCUUGUUGGAGCGUCUUGCAGAAAAUCGAAACUUGCGGCUUCUUUUGAUACUAUUUGUAACAAAUGGUGACCUCGGGGUCGGCUCGGAUGUAACAUAAACGCUCGAUAUGUGUACUUUUUAAAAACUGUCAGGAUAUGUUGGAUUUUUCUGGAUAUUUUUGCAGGCUACAUCAGGAUUUUAUUGCUCGGAAACACGACAAAUGAAGCAGAUAUAUAUAUUUACUCCAGCACUUGACAGUCUUUCUUUUAUUGCAAUGGACCUUUUUAUCUUUUCUCUUUCUGGUAGCUAAUAGUGUGGUCUUUUUAGCCAUGUUGUUUAUUCCAUCUCUGUAACAUUUUUUUUAUUUUAUUUUGAUGCUCUAUUUUUAGUAUUACUUGACAAAUUAAUUUUUUUAUUAUUAUUAUUUUAAUAUUUCGGGUCACUGUUAUCUUGGAGGAGCAUUUUGCUUCCCAGGAAGUCAUAUUUGAAUUGUUUCAACAUGUUUUUGUUCUUUUUUUUUAAUAAAAAGGCACCAUUGUCUCAUCUGAUGAGUCGUGUGGUGAACAGACCUGAAACCUUAACGUGCUUUAAAGCUCGAAGACGGAGAGCAACAAAAACAGCAUUAAUGUACAGACUGUGUAUAAAUUUGAAGGUUGAUUAAAGGAUAGACAUUAAAAAUCUGAA